UUGUCUUUAAAAUUAUAAAUACAUUUCAUAUUUUAAAUAAGACUAAGUAGUGUUUUCUAAGAAUUUAUUAAAUAUAUAAAAUUUAGACACCUAUAAUAAAAGAUUAAAAUAUCACAACUAGCCAAAAGCCAAUUAAAAACUCCAAGACCAUAAGCAUAAUAGAAACAAAAAAACUAGGAGCAAAAUCUCAACAAUCAGCCACACCCAAGUACAACUCGAUUAAGAGAGAAUAGUUAAAAACCGAUCUUAAUAAAAAAAAAAAAAGAAGAUUAACUAAAUGAAGUGGGACAUAAACACAACAUUGUGUACAUAUAUAUAUACUCCCCUAGUUUUAUAAUAUAAUUCUACAGCUUGCAUGUUUUUAUUUCUUUUUAAAAUAAUGAUAUCAUAACAUAAUUAAUGAAAAAAUUUAGCCUAGAAAAGACCAAUAAGUUUGUAUAUAGGCUGUUUUUUUUUUGGAUAUCUUCACAUGGUUUUACAUAUAUAUAUAUAUAGAAGCAAAAGGGUAUUGAAUAUUUGUGCUAAAAAUUUCAUAAAAAUUUCUGGGAAAGGAAGGAAAAGAUCAAUGGCUUCAAAGGGUUUAAGAAUUGCUUCUCUUAUUUUGAGAAAUUUAACCUUUAUUUUGACAUUUAUUUCUCUCUUAAUUGUUGCUACCAACUCUAAAACUGUUUUGAUCGACGGGACUGUUGGUGAAGUUAAAGUUAAGUUCAAUAAUGUUGCUUCCUAUCGUUAUUUGGUAGCAACUGCUGUUAUAGGAGGUGCUUUAAGUCUCCUUCAAAUUGUUUUCAACAUUUACCAUCUUAUUACUAAUGGCGAGGGAACUCCACUUUUCUAUAUGUUCAGCGAUCAGUUGUUAACGUACCUUCUAUUAUCGGGGGCGUCAGCGGGUUUAGGGGCGGGGAUCGACUUGAGAGUGAAUAUUAAAGAGCUGCUUGAGGGCACUUAUUUCAACUCAUUUUUUGACAAAGCCAAUGCUGGAUCUGCUAUUCUUCUCCUUGCGUUUGUUUGUGCUGCCAUUGUUUCAGUUCUCUCUUCCUUGGCUCUCAUUAGAUAGCCUCUUUCAUUCAUAAUCAUUUCUUCAAAUAUAUAACUGUCAAAUUAGUUUGAUUUUUGUUAGGUGAUUUAAUUAAAUUUGUCUUCACACAUUCAUUUAAGUUUUUGAAUCAGCAAGAUGAAGGGAAGGGAGUUCAUGUGUUCAAUUUUCUGUAUCGUUAUUUUCGUCAAAAUAAAUAUUCACUUUCACUUGUUUACGUCUUUCUUGUAUAUUUUUAGUCACAGGGGUGAGAGAGUGUUAGAUAUUAUAUAUCAAAUUUAUCUUUACUCAUAAACUUUAAGCUUUUGAGAGCAUAUUAAUAUUCA